AUGGCGGUGAAGCGCGGGCUCCACCGGAACCGAGCCGCCGGAUCUCGAUUCCCUAUCGCGGUUUUCAUAUUCGUUCUCUUCCUCGUUCCGUUGAUUUUCUUCGUCGGCCGUGAUCUGAUUAUUGCUAUUUGUGCAGAUAAAAAUGAUUAUAUAUCUGGUCCUGGUGAAAAGACUUUGGAUUGGAGGGAGCGAGUGGUGCUGCAACAUGCCAAAUCUCUUUUUUCGAAAGAGGUCAUUGAUGUGAUUGCAGCCAGCACAAAUGACAUGGGACCUUUGAGCCUUGAUUUCUUCCGGAAAAACAAUUUGUCAGCUUCGUGGAAAGUCAUUGGGGAAAUGACAUCGUCUGUAACAGAUCCAAAGGUUAGUAUGUGUAUAAAUUUGACAGCCGUAGAUGCAAAACAAGAGACAUCUAGGGCUGAAGUGGAUGAUGCUUCAGAUAAUCAUGCUCAACCUCUUGAUGCAUCAAAACUAGCCCGAAGGCAACUAAGAGAGGCUAAACGUGCCAGCCGUGCAACUGAGUUGACACGACACGAUGAUGAAUCAAUUGUAAAACUUGAAAGUGCAGCCAUUGAACGCUCCAAAUCAGUUGACUCAGCUGUUCUCGGAAAAUACAGCAUUUGGAGGAAAGAAAACGAGAAUGAAAACUCCGACUCAACAGUGCGCUUGAUGCGUGACCAAAUCAUAAUGGCAAGGGUUUACUUAAGUAUUGCGAAGAUGAAGAACAAGCCUGAUCUAUAUGAACAACUACAGAUUCGAUUGAGAGAAUCUCAGCGUGCAUUGGGAGAGGCAACUGCUGAUGCAGAUUUACCCAAAAGUGCACCGGAGAGAAUAAAAGCUAUGGGCCAAGUUCUUUCAAAGUCGAGAGAGCAACUGUAUGAUUGUAAUCUGGUCACUGGCAAGCUGAGAGCAAUGCUUCAGUCUGCAGAUGAACAAGUGCGUAGCUUGAAAAAGCAGAGCACAUUCCUUAGUCAGUUAGCUGCCAAGACCAUUCCAAAUGGAAUACACUGCUUGUCUAUGCGCCUAACUAUAGAUUAUUAUCUCCUUCCUAUGGAAAAGAGAAAAUUUCCUAGAAGUGAGAACUUGGAAAAUCCUAGCCUUUAUCAUUAUGCUCUCUUCUCUGACAACGUCUUGGCUGCAUCGGUCGUCGUCAACUCUACUGUCAAGAAUGCCAAGGAUCCUUCAAAACAUGUAUUCCAUCUUGUUACUGAUAAGCUUAACUUUGGAGCCAUGAAUAUGUGGUUCUUAUUGAAUCCUCCUGGAAAAGCCACAAUUCAUGUUGAAAAUGUUGAUGAGUUUAAGUGGCUUAACUCAUCGUACUGCCCAGUUCUGCGGCAACUUGAGUCUGCUGCAAUGAAAAACUAUUAUUUCAAGGCUGACCAUCCCACCACUCUCUCAUCUGGCGCUUCUAAUCUGAAGUACCGUAACCCGAAGUAUCUCUCAAUGCUUAAUCAUUUGAGGUUCUAUCUUCCACAGGUCUAUCCCAAGUUGAAUAAGAUUUUGUUUCUGGAUGAUGACAUUGUUGUCCAGAAAGACUUAACUGGAUUGUGGGCAGUGGAUCUACAUGGAAAAGUCAAUGGUGCAGUAGAAACCUGUGGUGAGAGCUUCCAUCGUUUUGAUAAGUACCUAAACUUUUCAAAUCCCCAUAUUGCAAGAAACUUUGAUCCAAAUGCAUGUGGAUGGGCAUAUGGAAUGAACAUGUUUGAUUUGAAGGAGUGGAAAAAGAAAGAUAUAACCGGUAUCUAUCACAAGUGGCAGAACAUGAAUGAAGAGAGGACACUGUGGAAACUUGGAACACUCCCUCCAGGGCUAAUCACAUUUUAUGGGCUGACACAUCCACUACAAAAGUCAUGGCAUGUGCUUGGUUUGGGAUACAAUCCAAGUCUGGAUAGGAAUGAGAUUGAGAAUGCAGCUGUCGUACACUAUAAUGGUAAUAUGAAACCAUGGCUGGAGUUGGCGAUGACAAAGUACCGAGCAUAUUGGACAAAGUACAUCAAGUAUGACCAUCCCUAUCUCCGCAGUUGCAAGCUAAGUGAAUGAAUAUGAAAAUGGGGAUUUACGUAAAUAGUGGAAACUCUGUCUCAUUCACCUGCUCCUUGGUAUGUUCAUCUGACAAGUCACGUAGGUUAUUUGUGGUUCAUCAAGAGAAGGUAUUGGCUUUUCUCUUUACCACAAUCCACCAUUGUUUAUUCCAUUUGUAAUUCAUUCAAUUCCAUUCCAUCAUUCGUCACCCACUGCAACCGGGUAGCAACAAAUUCUUUGCCUAAAUGACCUGUAUAAUAAACUCAAUACCUUUAUUUUGUUUGAAGCUAAGAUGCAAAACAUGAUUAGGUUCAAAUGUCCAAGAUGAUGCUGUAUUCUUUGAACAACAUUCUCACGGAUAAUGUAAUUUGUAGCGAAUCUCUUAUAUUAAUUUGUUAGAGCACCAGCCCUGUCUUC